CAUAUGCUCUUCUUCACCAGCCCACACAACUGCUAGACCCUAAAAAAAAUGUCCCAACCGCCGGUUACUAACCAUACCGCCGGCGUCCAUACAAAACCUCAACUCUCCUCCGUCACCACUGUCGCUCAGGAAGAGAGCUUUAAAGCGCCGUCAAGACCGCAUCCCCGGAAAAUAGUAGUGCUAGCUGACCUCAACGUUGACCCUCCUACUGAUACUGAAGCCCUCGAUUCUUUCCCCAGGUUAAAUAAUGAAGAAAACAAUCAAGAGAAGAUGAGUUUAUUGGGGAAAGAUUCUGAAACAGUGGAACUAGAAGGUGUGCCUUCAUCUCGUGAGGAAAAAGUCAGCAGCCUCAAAACAGGUUUGGUACAUGUUUCAAGAAAGAUGCCUAAAAAUGCCCAUGUUCAUUUCAUACUUGGUUUAAUGUAUCAAAGAAUGGGACAACCACAAAAGGCAGUUUCAGCAUAUGAAAAGGCAGAAGAAAUCUUGCUUCGUGGUGAUGAAGAUAUCGACAGGCCAGAUUUGCUUUCUUUGGUUCAAACUCAUCAUGCACAGUGUAUAUUGCUGGGAAGUUCAGAAGACUAUGGUUCAGGGAAAGAACUUGAGGGUAAGGAGCUUGAAGAAAUUCUUUUCAAGUUAAAUGAGUCAAUGAAGAGUGAUGUUAGACAAGCAUCUGUUUGGAACACCUUAGGUGUAUUGCUACUUAAAGCAGGCCAUUUGCAGAAUGCUAUAUCAGUACUUUCAUCUUUGCUGGUGGUUGCCCCUGAGAACUUGGAUUGCAUUGGGAACCUUGGAAUGGCUCAUCUUCAAAAUGGAAACUUGGAACUUUCAGCAAAAUGUUUUCAAGAUUUGAUUUUUAAAGACCAAAACCACCCGUCUGUUUUUAUCAACUAUGCUGCCCUUCUUUUGUGCAAAUAUGGUUCCAUAGUCGCAGGUGCAGGGGCAAAUGGUGAUGAUGAGGGUUGUGAAGACAGAGUCAAUGGAGUUAAUGUUGCUAAAGAAUGUUUAUUAGCUGCAGCAAAAGCAGACCCAAAAGCUGCUCAUGUGUGGACAAAUCUUGCUAAUGCAUAUUUCAUGGCUGGUGAUCAUAGAAACUCUGGAAAGUGUUUGGAAAAGGCUGUGAAAUUGGAGUCAAACUGUUUGGCGACUCGAUAUGCUGUUGCAGUUCAUAGAAUCAGGGAAGCUGAAAGGUCACAAAAUCCAAGUGAACAACUUUCAUGGGCUGGAAAUGAAAUGGCUUCAAUAUUAAAGGAAGGGCCAGGGGAGUCUGUUGGUGUUGAGCUUCCCAUAGCUUGGGCUGGGCUUGCUAUGGUUCAUAAGGCCCAACAUGAAAUUGCUGCUGGAUUUAAAAUUGAACAAAAUGAAUUAAUGGAGGUUCAAGAACGAGCACUCUAUAGUUUAAAACAGGCAAUAUCAGAGGAUCCUGAAGAUCCAGUACAAUGGCAUCAACUUGGGCUUCACAGUCUGUGUACCCAAGACUUCAAAACAUCACAAACAUAUCUCAAGGCUGCAGUUGCUCGUGACAUGGAAUCCUCAUAUGCUUGGUCAAAUCUAGGCAUAUCUCUACAACUAUCGGACACGUCAUCUUCACAAGCCGAACAAGUAUAUAAACGGGCCUUGUCAUUAGCAAAGGCCCAACAAGCACAUACAAUAUUUUGUAAUUUAGGAAACUAUUACAGACAACAGAAGCAAUAUGAAUGUGCAAAAGCUAUGUUUACAAAGUCGUUAGAGCUGCAGCCUGGUUAUGCUCCUGCAUAUAAUAAUCUAGGGCUUGUGUUUGUUGCUGAGAGGCGAUGGGAAGAGGCAAAAUUCUGCUUCAAUAAAGCACUUCAGGUUGACCCCUUGCUAGAUGCUGCUAAAUCUAACAUGAUUAAAGCAAUGGCUAUGUGUAGAGUUUGUGCACCACUUCUUAGUUAAUUAAGUUUGUAUGUGAAUCGUUUGUAAUAAUUUGUACAUUAUUGCAUAUAUUUAGUCAAGUU